AUGUCUUUCUUUACACCCCCACUUGUGGCUGAGGAAAUAGCGGAGAGAUGUGACGACUCCUUGCUGUCGUGCUCCUCCCAACUUCCCCAGGACAUUGAGGCCACGUCGCUGCGGAGGCGUUUGUGGACGAUGAUCUCGAGGAAACACCACCGCUUUUAUUUGCCACAUGAACGCUUGAAGAUGGAGCGGUAUGAGUCUGUAGAUACACAUGAACCUGCAACGAUAGUUUACAAGGACCACCUGGAGAGCCGCAGCCAAGAACCUCGUUGGUUCAUAUGGGUAUUUGUGUUUGUAUUAGGUAUUGCGUCGAGCGUCAUCGCCAUUGCAGUAGUUUCUCUGUUGCAUGUACUGAACGGUAUACGCUACGAAUUAUUAGGCUUUGGACUUAGAGGGUUUUCAUUUAGUGAUCCAAAUCGAUAUGCAAUGACAAACCGCACGGACCUUGAUGUUGUUGCCCUCUUUGAAGGUGCUGAUGUUGGCCUAUACGGUAUUGAACCGCGCUCCACCGCGAAAGGGUACUUAAUGUGGAUUUCGUUUAGUAUGGUAUUAUCGGUGAUUUCAAGCCUUAUAUGUUACCUCGUCCCUGAGAGCAUCGGGUCCGGAUUACCUGAGGUGAUGGCGUACCUGAAUGGUGUUAACUAUCCUAUGCUGGAUAGUUUUAAAGUGCUUCUGGCAAAGGUGGGUUUCAUUGUCUUCAGUGUUGCAAGUGGGGCAUGCACAGGGCACUGUGGCACACUUAUUCUAACAGGUGCCAUGCUUGGUGCCCAGGCUCUUCGACGACGUUCUUUUCGAUGUGACAGUGUAACUGUUAUCGAAUGCUUUCGUAACCCGCGCGAUCGUCGAAUUAUUAUUGUGAUCGCGGCAGCAGCAGGGGUUGCCUCGGCAUUUGGUGUGGCUAUUGGUGGACUGAUGGUAGUAAUGGAACUUAUCUCUACUAUUCUUCCCGUGCGGUUUGCCCUUUACGUCUUUGCUGCGUCUUUAGUAUCCUCCUUGACGCUGCAAACAUACUUCUCCUUCUUCGCAUAUUUCAGUCUUCGUGACCGCCAAUCCUAUCCGCAAUGGGAACUCAUCUCUGAGAUGGUUCAGUCCUUUGUUUCUCGCGUGCCAUUUGAGACGGUGGUGCGGAUGCAUAUUGUCUACUUUAUUCCAACAAUUGUUAUUGGUUUUUUUUGUGGUUUAGCUGCGGUUCUUUUUGUCCGAUUAAGCUGUCUCGCGCUGAAGUUUCGGCGUUGGCUGGAGUGGAGCCUGAAGACAAAAGCUGUCCGAUAUGUGUUGCCUGUGCUUUUUACAGGCGUUUACGUGUCAAUCAACUACUGGGUGGUGGUUACGAUGGGUGGCGGCGGAUGGUCACCACCCGCCCCGGCCCCGUCAAUCCCGCCAGGGGUUGAAAACAGUCGCAUGCAGAUGACCACAUUACAGCAAACUAAGAAUGACAAUUUCACCCUCUUUAGGGUUCGUAAUGCGAUGGGCGGGCCAUGCGUAGCUGUUCCCUCCACUUUGAUUACAACCCGAAAUGUGACGGUUGUUGCGUACUAUGGGGCCAAUGGAUUUUUCUGCCAGGCUCCCACUUUCACAGGAGAGGAAAGCAAUAACGAGGUGUGGCAUGAGAAACCAAUAUUGAGCGUGCUUCAUGCCUACGCCUCGCUUGCCUUUGCCAAUGCUGACUCCGUGGUGCAAACUCUACUUAGUUGGCAUACUGAAGAGAUGUUGGGUGCGUUUGUGCUCUUGAUUUUUUAA